AUGAAAUAUUUCACACAUGAUGGAUUAUUACAAACAUCAACUAGGAAAACUAUUGCUGGUUUAAUUCCAUUCACAAUAGUUUUUGUAUUUGGUUUUCUUCUUGGCUCAAGUUUUAAUGAAACAAAAGGUAAAAUACGCAUCCUAUUUUCAUCCGACAUAAAAUUAAACCAAAGAUCAUCGAAUAGUCAUCAACAAUCGAUAAAAUCAUUUUAUGGUUAUAAUACUACACAUCUUUGGUCAAUGCGUUUAGCUGAUGAAAAUUAUUUUCGUCUAGCACAACUUUUACCAUGUCGUAUUGUUGAAUAUUCCGGUGGACCAAAAAUCGACAAAAUUGAUUCAUGUGAUCAUUCAUCAAACAAUGAAUUUUCAAUACAGAAUACAUUACAAGCACAAAAUUGGCUUUAUGAACAUCAACAUCCAAUAGAUUGUACGAAUAAACGUUUUGCUAUUAUUCAAAAUUAUGCUUGGUCGGGUUUUGGAUCAACCGUUCAUCAAAUUGUAUGGGCAUUUGGUAUGGCAAUAGCGGAUAAUAGAAUUGGUGUAUAUCAAGUUCCAGGAAAUUGGCUUUACGGAGCUUGUAGCUCAAGUACACCAGAUUGUUUUUUUCUCCCUAUAACUAAUUGUUCAAUUCCAUCUAAAGUCGAUGGUAAUCAAACAAUUAAAAUUAAUGCUAACACAGGUCAUUGGCCCAAGCCUAUUCUUCCACCUAUAUUUCAAAAUCGAACAUUUAAUUGGUAUCGUGCGCAAUUAUUAUUUUAUUUGAUGCGAUAUAAACCUGAAACAUUAGCUCAUGUACAGAAUACCAUAGCACUGUAUUUUAAAUCACCUUCAAUUGAUUCUCAUCAUCCUUAUAUUGCUGUAUAUGUGCGUCGAUCGGAUAAAGUUCGAAGUAGAGAAAUGUCUCAAUCAUAUACACUUAAACAAUAUUUUGAUUUAUUUGAUGCUGAUGCUCGACGAGCAAAUAUAAGCAUAAUUUAUAUUAAUUCCGAAGAUGAACAAGUAUUCAAUGAGUUUGCUCAAAUCAAUAAAGAAAAACAAGGCUACUAUAAAUUAUUAAAUAUAACAGUACAAAGAAAUGUUGUUUUUGCAUCAUUAGUUCACAUGAAUAUUGAACAACGUGGAAAAAUUAUACUAGAAUUUCUAAGUGAUUUAUUUAUUGAAGCUAAUGCAGAUUUACAUGUUGGAACAUUAACAUCAAAUUGGUGUCGAUUGGUUGAUGAAAUGCGGCUUGUACUUGGAAAAACAAUUCCUUUUUAUACACCUGAAAAUAGGUUUUUAAUGGAUAUGCGACGGCGAAAGUGA